AGCGGGUUUUGUCAGGUCGCCACGGUGCCACGCAUCACACUGGUUUUGCAUUUUUUCUCGCAGCAGCGAUCCUGCCUCUUCGUCCUCUGAUUAAACAGUCACAUGCUGCUGAGGAGCACUUUGAUGCUUCAGAUAAAAGGGGAUUUUCUGAACAUCAGAUCCAGCUCUGGAGAGAGAGCACUAUGCCUGGAUUGGGGGAUGUUUUAUAACACUUGCAAAUCAUAUUUCCUAAAUUCUUAUUCUUAACACCAAUUUGAAGACUUGACCAUGGGUGAAGAGGGGGGUCUCUCUCUGCAGAUUGAGAGCGUAGAGAGGAGCAUAGAGUUCCUCAGACAGGAGCACCUCACUUUGCUCCACGGCCUCCAUGUGGAGAUCCUCUCCCUGCAGAAACGAUGCACAGAACUGACAACUGACCUGAAGUUACAGCCUCCAGGCAGGAGCCAGAUAGAAUUACUGGAGGAAGAAGAGGUCCUGGAAGCCCGCUGUCAGGAGCUGGAAAACCUUCUGGCAGAGAAGGAGUGCACUUUAGGAGAGCUUCGUAAGGAGCUGAGUCAGAAAGGGGUUUUGGUGGGAGCCCUCAGAGCCAGUCUCAAGGAAAAGGAGCGCCAUUUUCUGGAUGAGCUUAAACACCGCAGCCACUGCUCAACUGUCCUGAACACGGAGCUGCAGAAGCAAACAGAGGCAGCAGCAUACCUCUCCUUCCAGCUGCAUGCCGCCAGGCAGAAACUGCACCACCAGCGGAUGCAGCAAAGGCAAGGACUCCUGGCCAGGGCCAACAGUCAGGGAGCCCAGUACGGGGCCGAGCAGAACUCUGUGUCUCUGUUAUCAGGAGCCUCUCCUUCCUCUCCUGUGGUCAAGCCCAAACGCAAGAGUAUGAGGGCGUCUUUGAGAGUGGAGCGUGGCCGUGAGUGUGUGCCCAUAGAGAAGGUUCUGGGCCCUGCAGAGCCCACGGCCAUGCCGGAUCCUGCUCUCUUUCUCCACCCUCACAGGCACAGAACCCGCUCCAGGCACACUGUGGCACAAAGACAGCCUCCUCUGGGCCUGGAGAGGGAAGACGAGGAGGAUGAAGGUGGGGCGGGGCCUGUGGAGCCCCACAGUGAAGCAGUCAGAGCAGUUUCUUCAGCAACAGCUCCCCCUGCUGCUCAGACAAACGCAGAUUAGUGAUAAAGGUGACGGCGAUAAAGGUGACGCCUGCUUUUAACUACAGUGUGAUCACUGUAUAUUUAUCAUCUGUCAGACUGUUACUGCUAUUAACUGUUGUUCUGCACCUUGACUGAAUUCAUAUGAAGAUUGGUUUUAGCUUUCUAUUUACAUCACACAUAGCAUAAAUACUUUUUUAAUACGUACUUUGAUAUAACCUAAAAUAACUUGCAAAGCAAAUGUCAGUUUUAGGAUGAAAUUAAAAUGAUUUGUUUACACUGCUGUUAAAUGCUCUGUACAUUGUGGAGCCUUAUUUCAAAGUAGCCCCUGUUUUAUUUACGAUGACAGUGAGUUGGACCGUGGUAGACGACAUUUAAAGUGGACUACAGGCCCGUUGUGCGACCUAACCAACUGGACUCCUUCAAGGUCGACCGUAAAUCACUCCAUGUGUCCACAUGUUUGUGUGUCUGAGUCACAGCUGAAAAUACUUGAGGGGGGCAACACUGGUUAUUGAUCAAGGAGGAAUGUUUCCUGAACUAUGAAUAGAAUAAAGCAGAAUAGAAACAGCUUGCAGCUCUAAAUAGGCCUUUUUUGCAAGUUAGUGCAUUGCAUUGUGGGAUUUUGGAAUAGCAAAAACUGACUACACACUACUUUUGAGUUCAACACUGAGACAUUUGAUGAUCAUAUUUAGUAGAUAAAAGUUCACACUCAAAACUUAUAGUCACAUUUUCACACAAAUCUGGGAUAAUACUGUAUCUAAAAUGUAAAUAAGAACAGAAUGCAGU